UUCGAUUUAACAAAAUGGUGGACGCACUGUGGUACGGAAGUCCGUCAGCAUAAUAUUUUUGGUGUUUAUCCUGCUUUCAAAAUGUGGGUCAAACCUGAAGAAGUUCUUUUGGCUAAUGCAUUAUGGAUAAAAGAAUCAAAACCCCCCUUAUUUUGUCUACCCAGAGAAAAGGAAGGGCUUAUGGAGGGAGGGAUUGCUGGUUUACUUGUUGGUACAUGGGACACAGUUGUGGAUAAUAAGACACCUCCCUAUAGAAUAUUACAUCAGACCCCUGAGUCAGAGCUGAGUUACUCGGUUUCUAUGGCUAACAACAAGAAAGAUAUCACAAAAGACUGGGAAUGGAUCGAGUCCAACUUGAUGCAAACUUUAGGGGCAUUUGAGACAGAUGAUGAGGCUACAGAAUUUGUCAAAUGUAAAAUUGAGAGUAUGGUGGCCAACAAAGUAGACCCAAUUAAAGAAGAUGAAGAGACGAAAAGUUUUAAAAGUGCCACAAGAAAGUUCAUGAAGUUAUUCAACAUGCCAAAAGAGGAGAAACUAGUGAACCAUUACUCAUGUAGUUACUGGAAGGGCAAGGUGCCUCGCCAGGGCUGGAUGUACCUUAGUAUAAACCACAUGUGCUUUUAUUCCUUCUUGAUGGGCAAAGAAGCUAAAGUUAUAAUGAGGUGGACUGAUAUAACAAAAUUAGAAAGAGGAAACAAUAUGCUACUACCAGAAAGUAUAAAAGUGUCAACACGAGAGGGGGAGUAUGUGUUCUCGAUGUUCAUGCAUAUAAAUGAGACAUACCGAUUGAUGGAACAGCUCGCAAACAUGGCUAUGAAACAAUUAAUGUUAGAAGGAGGGUUUGAAGAGGAUAAAACAAUAUUAGACAGAACUAAAAAAAAGACGCCAAAGAAAAUGUCGAUGAUAAAACGAGAUCUCGAUGCCAGGGCUAGAAGUGAUGCUUACAGACUCGCAUUUAGUCUUCCAAUGCACGAGAAACUGGAUGGUGAUACAGAGUGUGUGAUAUUUACUCCGUUCAAUAAACAGAAUGUUUGGGGAAAACUUUACAUUUCCCAGAACUUUAUCUGUUUUUCCAGUAGGGUCAGGGAUCUAGUUACAAUGAUUAUACCUCUGAGAGAUGUAAAUACAGUAGAGAAAGUUGACAGCCCAGUUGGUGGCACGUUGUAUAUGAAUGCCAUGGUUGUCACUACUAAAGGAAAGGUAAAUGUAAUGUUCAGUCAGAUAGGACAGAGAGAUUUAAUCUUAGAGAAGAUUUCUGACUGUUUGUCACGACAACCAGCUCCCCGACGACGUCUCAACAGUCAGGUGUCCACAACGAGUGAGAAAGAUACAAACACCGCAAUUGUUGAAGGUGAAGAAAUUCAGUUCCAGCCAGCGUUAGUAAGCUUGUUUUGUAGACGUGGGUCUGAUGAGCUAACAGCAAAGGAGUCUGUAAAAGAACAUCUCUGGGAUGUCUAUUUUUCUGAAUAUGGCAGGGGAAUGUGUAUGUACAGAACUCAUAAAACUCAUGAGCUGAUGUUGAAAGGUCUACCAGAGAAAUACAGAGGUGAAAUGUGGAUGCUUUUCUCUGGAGCACUCAAUGAAAUGACAACACAUCAAGGUUACUAUGCAGAUUUAGUACAGCAGAGUUCAGGGAAAUAUACCAUGGCAACGGAAGAAAUAGAGAGGGAUCUGCAUAGAUCUCUGCCAGAGCAUCCAGCUUUCCAGUCAGAUCUGGGUAUUUGUGCCCUGAGACGUGUUCUAACAGCUUAUGCAUGGAGGAAUCCAAGUAUUGGCUAUUGCCAGGCUAUGAACAUAGUUACAAGUGUCUUGCUGUUAUAUACGAGUGAGGAGGAAGCAUUUUGGCUUCUUGUUGCCUUGUGUGAGAGGAUGCUGCCUGACUAUUAUAAUACUAGGGUUGUUGGUGCACUUAUUGACCAAGGUGUGUUUGAAGAAUUGAUCAAGGAUUAUCUGCCUAACCUUCAUCUAAAAUUGGAAACCCUCGGUCUUCUUAGUAUGAUCUCAUUAUCAUGGUUCCUUACAAUAUUUCUCAGUGUGAUGCCAUUUAAUUGUGCAGUAAACAUCCUUGAUUGUUUCUUCUAUGAUGGGGCAAAGGUAAUAUUUCAAGUGGCAUUAAACAUAUUAGACAACAAUAGUGAUGAGUUAUUGAGGUGUAAAGAUGACGGGGAGGCAAUGCCGGUCCUCGGCUCAUACCUGGAGAACGUGACGAACCGGGACACAACUAUGCCAACAGUUGACCAUACUAAUAUGAUGUGUACAGAUAAUGUCCCGAAGAAGUGCUCUGUUGAUGUGUGCGACUUGAUCGAAGAAAGUUACAGGAAGUUUGGUCAUCUGGAGAACCAGCAGAUUGGUCAGUUACGUCUGAAAUAUCGUCUACGAGUCGUACAAAACAUCGAGGACCAUACCAUGAAGAAUAUCCUGAGAAGCGUGUCAGAAAAGUCGAUGAUUAAGGGGAAAGAACUAGAAGACUUGUAUAUGUUAUUCAAGGAGGAGUAUUUGACGUCAUGUUACUGGAGGACCAAUCAGCAACCAGCAGACUUGGCAGACAAGUUUGACCCUUCACGACCCUAUUACGAGAUUUACAAAGUGGACUAUGACCAGUUUAAGACGAUGUUUCUAUCGCUAUCACCAUGGGCCAAAGGUCAAAGGGGCGGAGUCUUAGCACUGAGAGCAUUUAGGUACAUAGACAGAAAUGAAGACAACAUGAUAAACUUUAAGGAGUUUGUUGACCUCAUGUGUAAGAUGUGUAAAGCUGAUUACACGCAGAAAUUGAAACUUUUAUACGAACUUCACCAGCCCCCGGCUUUGUUGGAGACUGACGACAUGGACGAGGAAACUAUAGCCUCACCAAAGUCAGAUUCCACUGAAGAUGCUUUGGAGGCCACUAAUUUCUUUUCAGAAGAUGCUGACACCCCUAGCACAGAUAAUCCUGAUGACAUUGAGCUUCCCAGUUGUCCACCAGAGGAAGAACUUCCUGCUGAAGGUAGCAACAUUGGAAGCCAACAAUCUACAGCUGAAGCCCAGGAUAUUCCAAAAGGCGAGGGAGCACACGGCCCUAUUAUCUCCCCUCCUCAAUCACUCAGUGUUGUGUCUAGCUUGACAGAUUCAGACCCACCCAGUCCGAACACAAGUGAAGCUAAGUUGAUUACAGAGGAUCAGGGAAAUAGUAUCUCCUCUAGUCCAAUGAAGGUGAACACACCACUUGGAGAAAGCCCAAUGGGAGUGUUCAGCAGAAAAAGGGAGUUAAUCCGUGAAAGGUCGGGAAGUAAAGAAGAGUUCAGAAAUGUACCAAGACUAACACAGAGCCAGUUUAUUCAGAUGUGGAAAACCUUAUACGACCUUUUUGGUGGAGACCCUCAGGAACAAGAGCUAUACCACGCCAUAGCAACAGUUGGUACUCUUCUUUUGGAGAUAGGAGAAGUAGGCAAAAGAUUCUACCUCCAUAGAGAAGAGCCUUUAAGCUCAUCAUGUGCAAGUACGGAGAGUGCUAGUGAAACAAAUAGUUUGGCACAAGCAUUUAUCCCAGAAAUAAAAGAGGAUUCACCAUUGGUUGAGAGUAAAACGGAACUAUCCAAUGAAAUUGGAGAUAACAGUUUGAAUAAAGCUGCAGACGGUGCAGCAGGUGAUACUGUUACUGAUGAAGUCUCCUCCAAAGUAGGAGAGCUUGAUAUAAAUGUAGAAACUGAUGGAGACAAGCCUGAAAAAAUAGUUUCUAAGAAAUCGGACCAAGAGGAAAUUACUCCAGACCAUUUUUGUGAGCAGUCUGACCUAGUAAGCGAACAAUCUGCUACAGACAAUGGUAGUUUAGCUAGUGUGUCUGCUAAACGUGGCGAGAGGACCAUUUCUACAUGUUCAUCUAAAAUCGAUAUUGAUUGGUCAAUUAGCUUUGAGCAAUUCUUAGCUUCUAUGUUAACAGAACCGGCCUUAGUGAGAUAUUUUGAAAGACCAAUGGACUUGCACGACGCAAUAGACAAAACGAGAAAUCGACGUCUUUUGAUGCGUCAACAGAGCGCGCCAUUUGAGAUGAUCGAUGUUCAAAAAGCACCUUGAUGUCAAAAUGACUGUUCAAUGCAAUGAUAUUUUUAUUUUUGUCUGUCAUGUGAUUGGAAGAUAAGAAUUUGAUUGGAUAAUAAGAAAAUAAUUUGAUUAUGCUGUUAUUGGUAUCUUAUUAAGAAAUUAUUAUGUUAAUUAAAUUGUUUUAAAUCACAUGUUUAUGAUCAUUGUCAUAUUCAUUUUAUUUGAUUGGAUAAUGUACAACAUUUUCUUACAUGCCGUUUACAGAGGGUAAUAUAAACUAAAAACGGCCAAAAUAUGGGUUAAUGUACAUGUAUGUUGAGGUCCAUCUUUCGGUCUCAAAACACGGAGAUGUUAUCAUGCUUAUUUUUAUAGCAAAUGCCAAACAUCACUUUUUCCUACUUUAAAGAUACAUGUUACAUAAAGAAGGUAUGUGUAUUUUUUUCUCAAUAACAGCAUCUGGGUUAACUUGCAAAGGUCAUAGCUUUGUUUUACGUGAGCAGAGUUUAUUGAAUAAAACAUGGCCAAUCACUCCCACCAUAUAAAAGCCAAACUUGGAUCAUUGCCUUUUUUCCCUUUGUGAUAUCUGUCAUUAUUCUUUUCAUGUUAAACAUAUUCUUAUUGUACAAUUUUCCAACUUAAAUUGUGAAAUUGGCUAUUACUGAAUUUAAAAGUGUCCUUUCUUACUUUUAUUGGACAAAUAAUAAUGAUAGCGAAGGAUUGCCUUUAUUGCUGCUAGUACUUGGCCCUUCCCAUGCUAAAUCAGGACAUAUCUAAUACGGACAUGCCAUCUUUCACGUAGUUUGAUCAGACUUUUGAUGUUGACUAACUUUAGAUUUUCAUUUUGAUUCCCUUGAUAUUGGUAAGGUACUGUUCCAAAAAUGAAAGAUGGACAAGUCUUUUUAAAAAAAUUAGGGUUAAAAUGCUGAAAAUAUGAACAGACGGGAUCAAUAAGUUUUUUGGUUUGUUAAUAAAUUUAUAAUGGUGGAUAUUACAUUAUAAAGAUAAAGACAUUGCAAAAUGCACUUUGAGAAUGUUCAUAGAUUUAUGACUGUGAUAUACUUAAAAUUGUUUUCUACAUAAAUCUUAAACUGUUUGUGAAUGUUAAAAGAAAAUUCAUUUUUCAAAUAUUUUAACAUUAGAUGGGUAAUUAAUUUUGAUUUUGAAACUGCAAAUUUAUUAUUGUUUUCAUGUUGUGCAAUUAUUUAUUAACUCGCGUAACUGUAAAAUUUGCAUUAUUAUUACUUUCCACAUUGUGUAUAAAGUUGGUCUUUUUACUACAUAGGGUUGGUUAAAGAUUAUUUAAAAUGUGUAAAUGUGAAGCAUAUAUAAGAAGCGUAAAACAGUCCUGUGGUAUCAUCUGUGUUCAUUCAUGUGUAACUUUACAAAAGUUUCUAGACAUAUUUGAAAUAAUUAUAUUUCUUUUGCUUGAUACAACGUCUGUGGUUCUAACCAAGUACCUGGUCAUGCCACCUGAAAGAAUCCUUGAGACCAAGUGAUUAAUUAAAAGGUCACUAACUACACAUUAGUUGCUUUUGAGUGUUGUAGGUUCGAAUUCCAUCAUGGACAUGAAAAUAUCCCACUUGAAGAAGCUUAAAAAAACUUUCUAGCAGAAAGUUGAUGGUUCUGCUUUGGUUUUCUAGUCAUGUCUGAAAAUAACAACAGUAAACUUUUCUUUGCAUGACUAUUCUUGUUGCAUAGCACCUAUGCAUGUUUGAAAAUUAUUACCUUUAUUGGAUGCCUAGCCAUAUCUGAAAAUUACAACCUUGUGUGAGUGCCCAGUCAUGUCUGAAAAUUACUAUCGUGUUUAGGUGCCUAGCUAUAUUUUGCUUAGGCAACUAGGUAUGCCUGAAAAUUGCAACCUUGCUAGGCUGCCUAACCAUGUCUGAAAUUACAACCUUGCUUGGGUGCUUUGCCAUGCCAGAAAAUUGCAAUCUUGAUUAGGUGCCUAAUCAUGCCUGAAUUUUAUAAUGUUUUACAAUUGCUACUGAAAAUACAUUAAGCUUGCUUUGUCAUUUUCUAAAGCAUGAAUAUAUAAAUUAUACAUCUUCACCGUAUUGUUAUAGUCUGCCACUCUAUGUGUAUUCAACUAGAGUUGUCUCCCAUUUUAGGGAUGUAGUAUUUAAGAUACAACAAUACCCUUACUGCUUAGCUCAAUGUUUUGUUCAUAAACAAAUCUUAAAUGUGACCAGAAGACAAAUCGUCAUGAUGUUGUCUUUACUUGUUACUGUAGAAAAAGAAAAUACUUAAUUACAUGUAACUUGAUAUUUGCUCAUUUAGUUGUUUGAGACCCAAAAGUUGCAAUCCUGUAUGUGUUGUUCUUGUUCAUUAUUAUGCUAUUAAAAUUUUUUAUGUCAAUAAUGUUGACAAUGUUACAUGUAAUAUUUCACCAGUUAGUAUAUAGCAUAAUCCUUGUGUAUAACAUUAAAGGAAUUUGAGGUAAAAAAACCAUAAAAUUUGAAUAUAAGAUUUUAAAGAAGAUUAAUUUGGAAAAAUAGAUUGAGUAAAUGAUCUGAAAUUUUUGGACAUAAUUUAUUGGUAUAAACCACAUCAAAUGCUAUAAAUUCUUUUAAACAAUUCCAGUGAUGUUAAAAAACCUCAGUUUUAUUUCUUUAACUUUAUUUUAACUUUUCUGGUCGUUUGUGAUUGUUGUUUACAUUGAAUCCUUUAAUUAAACAGAUGCUAGGGGCAUGACAGGAAUUACAUUUUGCUUUAUCUCUAAUAAACCUAAUAGAAAUCAAGUUCAUUAAAAAUAUGUUUUUAAUUUUUGUGUUCAUUGAUCUUUUGGUAAUUUUCCCUCUCCAGAACGUUUUGUUUUGUCAAAACUAUGUCAAAAACAAGGUAUCCUGAAAAUUUAAAAUUCGGGCAUUAUAGUAAGUUGUCUUUUUUAUAUAAAAUAUGUAUGUUAGAUUUACAUGCAAAGAAAAUAAAUAAAAAUGUGCUUUUUUCCUUCUUUUUUUUUCAAGAUUGAAAUUUAUUUACUUGUGCAAUAAAUUUAUAUGUUUUUUAAUUAAAGCUGUUUGUUUCCACUUUGGAAACAUUUUUCCCCCUCUAUACACACAUACAAUGUUCUUGAUAAGUGUUGACUAACAGCACUAACAUAUUGUCACAUGUCUUUUUUUUAAACAUUUCCUGAUUCAUAAAAAAUUAAGUUAAUGAUCAGAACAAAAUAAUUUUCUGCUUGCAUUUUCCUUACUUGUUAAAAGCUUGUCAGCAAAAUCAGUGUGGUAUUGUACAUUUUCUUUGUACUACAACAUAAAAUUUGAAAGGAACUUGUCAGGAUCAUUUUGUUUCCAAAUGUGAACUAGUGGCUCUACCAAAAACAAAAAUCUUUGAGUUAUAUUCACUGAACGAGCUGAAGAUGUUUAUGUACAGUUUCACAACGGGUUUACAUCAAAGGGGCAUAAAAGGUGGGGUUUU